AUGGGGAACCAACUGACUGGUAUUGCCCCCUCUCAGAUUUUACCAGUAGAACUAUAUAUAGCGGAUAUUGGUGAUUAUGAACAUCAAACAAGUCUUGGAAGCACCAGAUUUUUUAAAGUGGCCAGAGCCAAGUAUAAAGAAGGACAACUAGUUGUUAAAGUUUUUGUUAUUCAUGAUCCUUCCUUACCUUUACAAACUCACAAACUCAGAUUGGAAGAAAUUGGCACCAGGUUAAAGACCACUUCUAAUUGUUUACCAUUCCAAAGAGCUCUACAAUCUGAUAAAGCAGGGUUGAUAUUCAGACAGUAUGUAAAGGACAGCCUGUAUGAUAGAAUCAGUACCAGACCAUUCCUGAAUCUGAUAGAGAAAAAAUGGAUUGCGUUUCAACUGCUCUGUGCUUUGAACCAAUGCCAUAGAGUCAAGGUAUGUCAUGGUGAUAUAAAAUCAGAGAAUGUCAUGAUAACAGGAUGGACGUGGUUGUUAUUAACAGACUUCGCCAGUUUUAAACCUACAUAUCUUCCAGAGGAUAAUCCCUCAGAUUUUUCAUACUUCUUCGAUACAUCGCGACGACGUACAUGUUACAUAGCUCCUGAAAGAUUUAUCGAGGGCGGCUGGCGUAUUCAGGAACAACAGGGUAACCAAGGUAACAUAGACUUGACGUCCAGUGAGAUCAAGAUAGGGGACUUAACUCCCGCUAUGGAUAUAUUUUCAGCAGGUUGUGUUAUAACAGAGUUGUUUACUGAAGGAACCAUACCCUUUGAUCUGUCUCAGUUAUUAACCUAUCGUAGUGGUGAAUACAGCCCUUGGAAAAUAUUAGAAAAAAUACCAGAUCCCCAUAUUAAGGAAUUGGUGCGUCACAUGUUACAGAAAGAUCCCAAACACAGAUUGUCUGCAGAGGAAUAUCUUGUAAAACAACGUGGCAAGGCAUUCCCCGAGAAUUUUUAUACAUUCUUAAAGAUUUAUCUUCAACAGUUCGCUACCUCUCCUAUUAUACCAGCAGACGACAGAAUUACCAUUAUUAAAAGAGACCUGCCGUCGUUGUUAAAGAAUUUAAAAAUAGAUGAAAAUAAACUAGAAAAUAAUGUCAGUCUGGUUCUAAUUAUCUCCCUUGUUGGAUCGUCUUGUCGUAAUUUACAUUUUUGUCAAGCACGUGUUUUAGCUCUAGAGUUAUUAUUAGAAUUAUCUAAAUACGUAACCUCUGAUAUUAUACUAGAUAGAAUCAUUCCUUAUAUGUUAUAUUUUGUUAAUGACGUGUUUCCGAGAGUUCGUGCUGAAACUAUAAAUACUGUAACACAAUGUUUAUCAAAUAUUAAAUCAGUCCCUCGAAGUGAUGGUAAUGUGUUUCCAGAAUAUAUAUUUCCUAGCUUGUCGAGCCUAGUUCAUGAUGAUGUAGUAAUGGUUCGUGAAUCUUACGCUGCUAAUAUAGCUCAGUUGUCUGAGACAGCUUUACGUAUUCUGGAGAUGACUCAACUAAGUAAAUUUACGGAGGUUCACAUCUUAGAAACUGAAUUUCCUGGUUUUUAUUUUCAGAUGGAGGCUAGUUAUGAUAUGGAACUUCAGACAUUACAGGAAACGAUUCAACAGAAAGUUGUCACAUUACUCAGUGAUCCUGAUAACGCUGUCAAACAAAUGUUAUUAGAGAGUGGCAUCACACGACUCUGUGUUUUCUUCGGUAGACAGAAAGCAAGUGAUGUGUUGCUAUCUCAUAUGAUUACAUUUCUUAAUGACAAGUAUGACUGGUUGUUACGAGGUUCAUUCUUUGACAACAUUGUGGGGGUAGCAGCCUAUAUAGGGUGGCAGAGUUCCAGUUUGUUAAAACCCUUGCUACAACAGGGCUUGUCAGACCCUGAAGAGUUUGUUCUACAUAAAGCAUUAGGGGCACUGAAAGCACUGGCCGAGUUGGGUUUACUACAUAAAUCUAUGUUACUAGAGUUCACCAAGGAAAUUGUACCAUUUUUAUCACAUCCGGGAUUAUGGGUACGACACGGAGCAGUAGGAUUUAUAACUGCCCUCGCUACCAUCAUGAAUAUAGCUGAUAUCCAUUGUUACCUGUUACCUCAAGUUCUACCGUUUUUAAAACAUAAAGUUCUACAGAUUAACAAAGAGGUGGUGUUAUUAAAUGCUUUAGAUGAGUAUAUACCAAGACCUGUAUUCGACUAUAUUUUACGAUCAGCCUCCAUUGAAGGUCUGUUUGACGUACUCAAUAACAGAAAACGGUUUAGAAGUAUCGCCAGACAGCUUUCAGAUCCAGGAUUUGAAAAUCUUGACAGUGGGAUGACACAGGUUUUCAGAAAGUUAAGUUCUCUCGGAAUGAACGAAAACCAUGAAAAUAAAUUAUUGGCAAUGAAAGAUUAUAUUUUGAAGUUGUACAGAACCAGGGCUAGUUCCAAUGACAGUACUGAAAGUGAAAGUAGAAGAUUGGGGGCGUUGAGUUUAUCAUCCCUAGGGUCACGCCAGAGAAACAUUACCAGACGUCACGCUGAUUUACAUAAACAUGCCCCAGAGAAAACAGCAGAGACACAUGCCUCACCCACAGGAAAUAUUUUUGCGUGGUAUAAACUGUUUUUUUGUUUUUUUCCACAGAAUGAAGAUUGGAAAAAGAUGUUUGGGUCUGGAGAAUCUGAAAGAUCAGAAACUUCACCCAAAGCCAAAACUUUAGAAAAACAAGAGAGCAAUCCAUUGGAUAAGAAACCUCCCUUGAAUAUUUCUGUCCAAUCAUCUACAACCAGUCUCGUUAACAUUAACCAUUCAGUGACGAGUAGUGAAAUGUUGUAUAUGGAUCUAAUUGAUAUUUUUAUGAUUUCAGUGCGUUAUGCUAACUGUAAAUGGGAGUUACGGAACUUGGUUCAUAAAAGGCGGGAACAAUAUGCAGCAGAUGUCCAAACUAAAGAUUUAUUAGAAGGUAUAGCGUGGGACAGUCGACCUCCACCAGACAACUGGAAACCAAAAGGUCAACUUGUGGCUCAUUUACAGGAACACAGAGCUGCUGUUAAUAGAUUACAAGUAUGUCCAGACCACAGUUAUUUUGCUAGUUGUUCCAAUGAUGGUACAGUCAAGCUGUGGGAAUGUAACCGACUUGAGGGAAAGAGUGUGUUAAACAGGUCUACACAGACCUUUAGUAAACAAGGCGGCCAUAUUAAAUCUCUGACAUUUUGUGAGAAUUCUACUUCCUUAGCAACGGUAUCAGAUAAUGGUUCUAUAUAUGUCUAUAGAUUGGAUGAAAUGAGAAACAAGGCAGUAAAAGAGAUAGAUAUUGAACAGUAUGGUAAUAUCAUGGACAUCACCCAUUUUGAUACAGGCUCGCAGUCGAUUCUAGCUUACGCUAGUGUUAACGGCUAUCUUGUGGGGUUAGACUUACGCUCUCCAGAACCUGCUUGGUGUUUGAAGAACGAACCUCGCUCAGGUUUGAUCACCAGUUUUGCUGUUCAUCAUACACAAUGUUGGUUAGCUGUAGGAACCAGUAGUGGAGCUCAUAUCUGUUGGGACAUGAGAUUUCAGUUGCCUAUUAAUACAAUACAACACCCUGCUAAUGCUCGUGUAAGAAGAUUGAUCAUGCACCCUCAGGAACAGUCGUGGAUUAUAUCUGCUCCUCAGUGGAAUAACGAGGUAUCCAUGUGGGACGUGGAGACUGGGGCCAGGCAAAAAGUAUUGUGGGCAAGUCAUGCCCCUCCAUUAUCAGUUUCACCCAAUCAGACAAAUAACCAUGCAGUUCAUGGUAUGCAUAUAGCAGCCACUGAUACCAAGGUAUUUCUCUUGACUGGUGGAACUGAUAUGAGGAUCCGUUACUGGGAUCUCUCAACCCCGACCAACUCUUUUGUGAUGAGUCAUCAACCUACAGAUCUAGCCAACACCAUUGUCUCGUAUAGGUCUCAGUUGAUAGAUGGAACAGAAGUUAUCCAGGAAAAUUACACAAAGAAACAGGCUAAUAGUGAAGAUAUUCCACGACGGGGACCAGAGGCGCCGUCCACAGCCCAUCAUAAUAUUAUCAGUGAUAUCAGUAUCUGUCAAUCUUCACAAUGUCUGGUUAUUACUGCUGCUAGAGAUGGUGUUAUCAAACUCUGGAAAUAG